AUGAUUUUUUCCGCCCGUCAACUGCAGAUGAAGUGUCAGGAGAUGGGGAACCACCUGUACUCUACCUUUGUGGAUCUCACGAACGCCCUAGACACGGUGAAUCACGAAGGACUAUGCAAAAUCAUACAGAAAUUCGGCUGUCCCGAAAGGUUUGCCCAGAUGGUGCAUCACCUCCACGAUGGCAUGAUGGCGCGAGUCGCAGACAAUGGAGCGGUCUCAGAGGCAUUCACAGUGAUCAACGGAGUGAAGCAGGGCUGCGUCAUCUCGCCUACCCUCUUUAGUCUCAUACUUUCUGUCAUGCUGAUGGACGCCUGCCGUGACGAACAUUCUGGGAACCGCAUCGCCUACAGGACGGACGGCCAACUCCUAAACCACCGGCAGAUACACUGCCAGUCGUGUGUAUCCACAACUAUCGUCCAUGGCCUUUACUUCGCCGACGACAGCGCUCUCAACGCCACCUCCAAAGAGAAUAUACAAAGGGGCAUGGACCCUUUCGCCGGCGCCUGUGACAACUUCGGCUUCAUUGUCAACACGGAGAAAACGGCGGUUAUGCAUCAACUGCCACCCACGUUACUUACAUCGCACUCCAAAUCAAAGUGA